CUCCCCGCUCCUCGCCACACACACCGAGAGGAUGAGGUUCGCUGUGGGUGCCCUGCUGGCUUGUGCCGCCCUGGGACUGUGUCUGGCUGUCCCUGACAAAACGGUCAAAUGGUGCGCAGUGUCUGAGCAUGAGAACACCAAGUGUAUCAGUUUCCGUGACCACAUGAAAACCGUCCUUCCAGCUGAUGGCCCCCGGCUUGCCUGUGUGAAGAAAACCUCCUAUCAAGAUUGCAUCAAGGCCAUUUCUGGAGGUGAAGCUGAUGCCAUUACCUUGGAUGGGGGUUGGGUGUACGAUGCAGGCCUGACUCCCAACAACCUGAAGCCUGUGGCAGCAGAGUUUUAUGGAUCACUUGAACAUCCACAGACCCACUACUUGGCUGUGGCCGUGGUGAAGAAGGGAACAGACUUCCAGCUGAACCAGCUCCAGGGCAAGAAGUCCUGCCACACUGGCCUGGGCAGGUCUGCAGGCUGGAUUAUCCCCAUUGGCUUACUUUUCUGUAACUUGCCAGAGCCCCGCAAGCCUCUUGAGAAAGCUGUGGCCAGUUUCUUCUCGGGCAGUUGUGUCCCCUGUGCAGAUCCAGUGGCCUUCCCCCAGCUGUGUCAACUGUGUCCAGGCUGUGGCUGCUCCCCGACUCAACCGUUCUUUGGCUACGUAGGCGCCUUCAAGUGUCUGAGAGAUGGAGGUGGAGAUGUGGCCUUUGUCAAGCAUACAACCAUAUUUGAGGUCUUGCCACAGAAGGCUGACAGGGAUCAAUAUGAGCUGCUCUGCCUUGACAAUACCCGCAAGCCAGUGGAUCAGUAUGAGGACUGCUACCUAGCCCGGAUCCCUUCUCAUGCUGUUGUGGCUCGAAAUGGAGAUGGCAAAGAGGACUUGAUCUGGGAGAUCCUCAAAGUGGCUCAGGAACACUUUGGCAAAGGCAAAUCAAAAGACUUCCAACUGUUCGGCUCUCCUCUUGGGAAAGACCUGCUGUUUAAGGAUUCUGCCUUUGGGCUGUUACGGGUGCCCCCAAGGAUGGACUACAGGCUGUACCUCGGCCACAGCUAUGUCACUGCCAUUCGAAAUCAGCGGGAAGGCGUGUGCCCGGAGGGCUCCAUCGACAGCGCGCCAGUGAAAUGGUGUGCACUGAGUCACCAAGAGAGAGCCAAGUGUGAUGAGUGGAGCGUCAGCAGCAAUGGGCAGAUAGAGUGUGAGUCAGCAGAGAGCACUGAGGACUGCAUUGACAAGAUUGUGAAUGGAGAAGCAGAUGCCAUGAGCUUGGAUGGAGGUCAUGCCUACAUAGCAGGCCAGUGUGGACUAGUGCCCGUCAUGGCAGAGAACUAUGAUAUCUCUUCGUGUACAAACCCACAAUCAGAUGUCUUUCCUAAAGGGUAUUAUGCCGUGGCUGUGGUGAAGGCAUCAGACUCCAGCAUCAACUGGAACAACCUGAAAGGCAAGAAGUCCUGCCAUACUGGAGUAGACAGAACCGCCGGCUGGAACAUCCCUAUGGGCCUGCUGUUCAGCAGGAUCAACCACUGCAAGUUCGAUGAAUUUUUCAGUCAAGGCUGUGCUCCUGGCUAUAAGAAGAAUUCCACCCUCUGUGACCUGUGUAUUGGCCCAGCAAAAUGUGCUCCGAACAACAGAGAGGGAUAUAAUGGUUAUACAGGGGCUUUCCAGUGCCUCGUUGAGAAGGGAGACGUAGCCUUUGUGAAGCACCAGACUGUCCUGGAAAACACGAACGGAAAGAACACUGCUGCAUGGGCUAAGGAUCUGAAGCAGGAAGACUUCCAGCUGCUGUGCCCUGAUGGUACCAAGAAGCCUGUAACCGAGUUCGCCACCUGCCACCUGGCCCAAGCUCCAAACCAUGUUGUGGUCUCACGAAAAGAGAAGGCAGCCCGGGUUAGCACUGUGCUGACUGCCCAGAAGGAUUUAUUUUGGAAAGGUGACAAGGACUGCACUGGCAAUUUCUGUUUGUUCCGGUCUUCCACCAAGGACCUUCUGUUCAGAGAUGACACCAAGUGUUUGACUAAACUUCCAGAAGGUACCACAUAUGAAGAGUACUUAGGAGCAGAGUACUUGCAAGCUGUUGGAAACAUAAGGAAGUGUUCAACCUCACGACUCCUAGAAGCCUGCACUUUCCACAAAAGUUAAAAUCCAAGAGGUGGGUGCCACUGUGGUGGAGGAGGAUGCCCCCGUGAUCCAUGGGCUUCUCCUGGCCUCCAUGCCCUGAGCGGCUGGGGCUAACUGUGUCCGUCUUCACUGCUGUGUGUUACCACAUACACAGAGCACAAAAUAAAAAAUGACUGUUGACUUUA